CAAGUUUGACCAAUUUCAACAUGACCAGUGAUCUUCAAACCAAAUUGGCCACACAGGACAUUCUUGAGAGGUCCUCGAACCAACCAAUCUACCUCUCUUCUAUUGAGGUUGUUGGCGGGGAAACUUUUUCAAGCAAUUUCUUUAAGAAGAUUUUAUCUCCAUUGUCAGAAAAGUCUGAUUAUACUUUAGGUCAAUUACUUCAAAAGAUUGACAUUCUGUAUGGUAGAUUGAUGAAGACAGACGUGUUCAAAACUGUUGAUAUCACGCUCCAUUCAGACUAUGCCAAGUCGUUACCAAAGGUUGCUCUGUACAACAAUGAGCCAUCCAUUCCAACCAAGGUUGUGUUUGACUUGAGUUCUGUAGCUUUAAACUGUGGCCAAGCGUUUCUUAACUUGAACAAUGACGAUAUUCUCAACGUCAACUUGAACUAUUUGAAUAACAAUUUUUUUGAAAAUGCAGAAAUGAUCAAUUUAGGAGUUAAUUAUAAUCCAUACAAGCCAAACCAACACUUAUUCUCCAAUGGUAAGCUUGCCUUAAACUUACCAAACCCAUCAUUCAAGUUAUUAACUGAUUUCUACAACACAAACUCCAACAAUCAACUGUGGCAACAAAGUACUGAACAUACCAGUGGAUUGUUUUCCGGGUUACAAUAUAUUUCAAAUUGUAAGAAAUUUACAGGAGUCUUGGGAUUAAGUGUCGAUAAGAGACUGCUCACUGAUAUUCAUGAUGGAGCUUCUGAUGACUUGAAGUUUUUCGGAGGUGAUUUCCUCAGAAAGGCCAUUGUGAAUCAAUUACUGUACACCAAUCUUUCGUAUUUGAACACCAUAACGAGAAACUUCCCAACUGAUGGGUAUUUGGUUCAAGUAUCCAAUGAAAUUGCCACCAAUCAGGAGGCCAGCACUAAUGCUGAUUCUGGGUCCAGUAACCCUGCCAGCUUUGUUAAGUCUUCCAUUUCCACCGAUGUCUUCAAAUCAUUAUUUAAUAAUGCAAUCACCACUCAUUUCUCUCUUGAUAUGGGUGGAAUUUUCUCCAAAUCUGAAAAAUUCCCAAUUCAUCCUUCAGAUAGAUUUUAUUUGGGAGGAUAUAAUUCAUUCCGUGGAUUUACCAAGAAUUCUGUAAAUCAAAGUGGAGGACUUCAAUUUGCUAAGGCUUCUGCUACGAUAUACUCCAAAUUACCAUCUUUUAUUUAUUCUCCAGUGAGUUUCAAGGACUCAAAGUUACAAGAUGGUCGUGGAUACGAAGCUAAUCCUCUUCGUCUUUACGUCAGUGGAGGUGCUGGUAGCGUUAGCAACAACAUUUUGGAAGAUAACAGCGGCAUUGCCACCAAUGUCGGGGUUGGUUUGCGUUAUUUCAACAAUUGGGCCAACUUUGAUAUAGGAUACUUUGUAGCCAAGAGACAAAAUGGAGAAACUGCUGGAAUUAAGGAUGGAUUCCAAUUUUCUGUAUCCAUUGGAGGAUCCAACAGUACUAUAUAGAGGGGUAGAAUUACAAAAUAAGAGACAAU